CAUUUGCGAGAUACUCUUCAUAGUUUACGUGAUGAUGAGACUUGGUUUCAAGAAAUUAUACGAAGAAUUAGAGAAUUGCUUAAGACUGCAUUGAAUAUUACACCAGGAAUUCUGACAAUAGCAGGAGUCAAUCUUCCGAAUGAUUGUUCAAUUUUAUCAAUACUUACUCAAAUUCGUCAAAGUUUUAG